AAACCCUCAAAAACACUCAAAAAGCCCAUAAGCCCUCAAAACAACACUCUUUGAGCUCCUCAUCUCUACUCUCAAAAACUCCACUUGAGAGACAAGGCAAGACAAGCCUAGCGAGAGAGAGAGUCAGAGAGAGAUGAGAUUACUGAGUUACAUGGGGCAAUGGAAAAGCGCAGCGAAGGAGGUACUAGAUCGGUCCGCUAUCGUCGCCAAGUUCCUCUGCUUGCUCCACGUCACCAACAACUACCUCUGCUCCCCUACCCUCGUGUACGGGCCUAGUAUGCUGCCGACGUUGAAUCUGACCGGUGAUGUGGUAUUAGCGGAACACGUGUCGCAUAGAAUAGGAAAAGUGGGGACGGGUGACUUGGUGCUUGUUCGGUCACCGGUGGACCCCAGAAGGAUUCUGACUAAGCGAGUUGUGGGGAUGGAAGGCGACACCGUGUCUUUCUACGUGGACCCCAUGUACAGUCGAACCACUGUGGUCCCAAAGGGGCACGUUUGGAUUCAGGGUGAUAAUACGUAUGCCUCGAGUGAUUCACGGCAUUUUGGGCCAGUUCCUUAUGGUCUUAUUCAAGGAAAAGUUUUUUUUAGAGUAUGGCCACCUGAUGGCUUUGGAACAUUGGAACAAUGAAUACGAUGAAGAUUAUACACUAAGGCAUAGCUGGCAUGCAUUACCUUGAAUUUUUCAUUUGUGCCAUCUGCUUGUUAAUAUGGCUUAUGACGAAUUGUUUAUUACCUUUUGGCUUUUUCAAUUGCUGGUUUAUUUGUAAAUGAUAUGCUAUUUCAGUAUCCCCAAUUUUUUUUUUUCCUUUCAUUUUUCCUUCAUUAUUCUCUUUGUAUUUGACUCCGGAACAUACACUGUACAUUACAAACACAAUGCUCACCUAUAAUUGCAACUU